UAAACCCUUGACAAAAUAAAAAAUGUCUUUUAUUUUUUUAUAUAAAAAAAGAAUUUGCUAGCUAAAAAUCGAGAAAAAAAAAGAUUAUUCACUUAAAAAACUGGUCAGCUUCUUCCCCUUCCAGUUCAGAUUUGAUCUACGCAGGGAGGAGUGGCCGGACUUGUCUCCAGAUCUGGUCGGCGGCGGAGAAGCAACACAGGGAGGAACCGCCUGAAGAGCUACACUGGGACGAUCGGAUCUGGUCUGGGACUUGGCACGCGACGGAGACCAUAAUCUGAGCAGCGAGGAGAAGGGCUGGUGACGGUUGACGACAGCGCGCGAUCGGAAUCUACGCUUGUGGGUCGAGUUCUGGCAAAGAGAAAGAGACUCAAAGGGAGUAACAUAAAUCUUCUGUCUGGUUUACGUACUCUAAUGUCGUUGUCGACGGAAUCUAGUACUUGUAUUCUCGACGGAAAGAUGUCCAAAGGGUUUGCAACAGAAAGAGUUCACUAAUAUUGAAGGAAAUUGCUUGUUCCUCUCUAAAGUCCUCUCAUCACUUUUGCAUUUGGUUAUUGUCAUUUUGGAUCUAGCUAGACCUGUAUUUAUGAUAUGAUGUGGUGUUAGCAUAGUACUCUUCAACGUUUUAAUUACCAAUCAAUUGCUUCUUCAAGGCGAAUAGACUGUGGCCUUCACUGCAACCAUGGCUGAUGCUUUCACCUCCGCACUUGUCAAUCAGUUUGUUUCGGGUGCCCUUCUAAAGAUUGAUGAAAAUUUGGGAUUGGUCCAGAAUGUAAAGAAAGAUGUCAAAAGGCUCAAAAAGAGUCUGAAAUACAUCCAAGAUUUGUUGGUAGAUGCUGGGACAAGACGACUCGACUCUCAAUGGCUGAAACAGUGGCUAAGUGAUCUCGAAGACAUAUCGUUGGACAUGGACGACGUGUUGGAUGAGUGGAACUCUGCCAUUCUCAAGUCUGAAAUUGAGAAACAUGAUCAAGAAGGAAAGGGUGGGGGUGAAGAUGGUGAUGAGAGUAGUGAUGUUCGGGCAAAGCAGGUAUGCUUUCCGGUGCCCUCUUCUUGGUUUUGUUUCAAACAAGUUAAUCAAGUGAUUAGGCAUUGUGAUUUUGCUAAGAGAAUUAGGCAAUUGAACAAUGAGCUAGAUAGUAUUAAAAAAGAUGGCCAUGAUCAUGGGAUAGUCAUCGGAUCUAUUUCUCAACAACAAUAUAUUCCUAGUUCCAUUGUCAAAUCAAGAAUCACUACUAUUUCUAUGAUUGAAGAAACUGAAAUACAUGGUCGAGAUGAUGAUAAGGAAAUUUUAGUGAGUAAGUUGUUAUGUGAUUGGACUCAAAAGGGUACUAAAGGGAUUGAUAUAGUUCCUAUUGUAGGAAUGGGGGGACUUGGUAAAACUACUCUUGCCCAGCUAGUUUAUAAUGAUGAUAGGGUUAAGGCUCACUUUGAUAAGCGAAUUUGGGUGUGUGUCUCGGAGCCUUUUGAUCAAAAAAGAGUUGCUAAGGCAAUUGUUAAUGGACUAGGAGGAAAUGCCCAAAAUUAUGAUGAGUUAGAGAGUUUGGUGCAAUGCAUUAGUAAUUCUAUCAAAGGAAUGAAGUUCCUUCUUGUCUUAGAUGAUGUAUGGACAGAGGAGAAACAAAAGUGGGAACAGUUAAAGCAACCUCUUAUGCAGGGUGGUAUAGGAAGUAGAAUAUUAGUGACAACAAGGAAAGAGGAGGUCACUAUAAUGAUGAGGGCAAUUGUUAGAAAGAUUUCACUUAAAAAAUUGUCAGACGAGCAAUGUUGGUUGAUCAUUAGACAACUAGUAUUUGUGGAGGGAGAAGAGAAUGAGUCCCAAUUAUUAGAAGAAAUUGGAAGAAAAAUUGCUAGCAAGUGUAAGGGCUUACCUCUUGUUGCAAAGGUUUUAGGUGGUCUCAUGUACUAUAAAAAGAGUGAAAGCGAUUGGAAUGACAUUUUACAAAACAAAUUGUGGGAUUCAAAAGUUGUUGAGGAAGAGAUUUUUGCUCCAUUGUUGUUAAGUUAUUAUGACUUAUCUCCUUUGGAAAAGUGUUGUUACUCUUAUUGUUCCUUAUUUCCAAAAGAUUAUAAAUUUGAAAGAGAUACAUUGAUUGACAUGUGGAUCUCCCAAGGUUAUGUUGGCGAUUCAAGAACAGGUCAGGAGUGUUUCGAGAGUUUAGUCAUGCGAUCAUUUUUUGAUGAUUACUUUCAGGAAUUCAAUGCAUCUGGUGUUUUUGAUCCGAGAAUUUAUUACCAAAUGCAUGAUAUAGUGCAUGACUUUACCCAAUUUUUGGCAAAAAGUAAAAUUAUUGUCAUUGAAUGUGAUGAUAUCAAAAUGGGAAUGAAGUCUUUGGAGCACAAAGUCUGUCAUUUGAAUUUGCUGAAUGUACAAUCAAAUUCCUUAGACAAAGUUCUUACUUUGAAGGAUAUCAAGAGGGAUAUUCAAAGGAAAUUGCGUACACUUCUCAUUUCAACAGAUGAAAUUGAAGUAGUACUUGAUUAUGAUUUCAUUUUCUCGAAUCUCAAAGGUCUUCGAACAAUAUGUCUACCAGCUCUGGGUGUGACCAAUCUACCCCAAAAUAUUACCACUUUGAUACAUUUGAGGUAUCUUGAUCUUUCAAACAAUUCCAAUUUGAGGAUAUUGCCCGAGUCAUUGUGUGAUUUAUGUAACCUACAAACUCUAAAACUAAAUAAAUGUUAUAAUCUUCAAAGGCUACCAGAAGGAAUUGGAAAAGUAGUUAAGUUGAGAUGUCUUUACAAUGAUGGUUGUUCUGAGAUAAAAGGGAUACCAAAAGGGUUUGGAAAACUUACUAGAAUUCAAAAGCUAGGAAUGAUUCCCAUACCCAAAAAUAACAAAGAAGCAUAUUUCCCAUUUGGAGAUUUGAAAAAUUCAAACUUCUAUGAUCAUUUUCAAGGAUUUCUUCGUGUAAGGCGAUGUGUGAAUUUAGCAAAUGUGGGUGAAGCUGAAAAGAUAAGCCUUGGAAAGAUGAAAGAGCUAGUGGAGUUGAGUCUAAACUUUAGAGUAUUUGAUGGAAGUAGUGUUGAAGAGGAAGCAAUGCCACAAAAUGAGGAUAUGAUACUUGAAGCCCUAAAACCACAUCCACACUUGAAACUUUUAACAAUCAGUCAGUACCAUGGAGCCAAUUUCCCAACUUGGAUGACUUCAUUGAUCAACUUGAAAUACCUUUCUCUUGUUGGGUUCGAUAAUUGUGAAACUCUACCUCCUUUAGGGAAAUUGCCAUGUUUGGAAUCACUUCAGUUAUCCAUAUUGACAAGUGUGAAAUAUGUUGGUGCUGAGUUUUGGGGAAUAAAUCAUGAAGGAGAAGACUCAUUCCCAAAAUUGAAGAAUCUUUGGUUUAAUUACUUUUCACAAUGGAAAAAAUGGGAAGGGAGCCAAGAAGAAGCAGCAGCAGUAAGAAGUUCAUCAACUUCAAAAGUUAUGCCAUGUCUACGUUCAUUGCGAAUUACGUAUUGUCGUAAUUUGGAAGCACUUCCUGACUUUCUACGGAGGACGCCAUUGGAAGACUUGAGAAUUGGUGACUCUGCCAUCUUAGAACAAUGUUGCUUAAAAGAAUGGCUUCACAUUCCAAAUAUUGAAAUUAAUUACAGUUUUGUACAAAAAGAUGGAACAUGGAUUCAGAAGGAAAAGGAUCAAAAUAAGUCUGAAUUUGGUGUUGGUGAACAGCCAAGCAAUAUUGAAAUUGAGUGUGUUUCUUCACCGCAAACAUCCAGGGAAUAAUAAGGGGAGCAGAGUCAUCAUCCAAGUUUAAUAAGCAUUAUUUAUUGGACUUAACAAGGCAAUAGGAGUGUUAAAGAAGAUUACCUGAUGAUGUGGCAGGAUUGAUCUACACGUGGGAGGCACGUGACAAUUUUAAAUAAGUGUGUUCUGCUCGGCCAUCGACCAGAAGAUCAUUGGCUUAUCAGGCAUCAUAUUUAUGGGCAACCAGCCUGGUCGCAUAUAUUCAUUUAUUUCUUUCAAAUAUGCAAUCUUGUAAUUAUGUAUUAAUUGUAAUUUCCUUUAUUAUUUAGAUACGCAAGUAUUAAUUGUAAUUAAGGCUCAUUGGCCUAGGUAGACCUUCUUGAGCCUAUAAAUAAGAAUCAAUGGGCUCAAGGGAGGAGACUUUUCUGCACUUUUAGUUUGAGAACGCUUGAGCUGAGAGAUUCUAAGAGAGAAAAAUAAUGUUGUUAUCCAUCACGAUUGUAUCCAUCUGAGAAUCAGUGAAACUCGCGAACUCAAGUUCAUUAAUCACUGAUCUUGGAAUACUGCAUUAAUAAGAACAUUAAGUGGACAUAGGUCAUUACCAUCCUAUUGAGGCCGAACUAUUAUAAAUUGUUAGUGUUGUUUAUCU